AUUCAAUUCUCGAUGACUUCGACAAGAUAUAUAAACUUCACGACGACGGGCAUGGAUUUCUGAAUGUAACCGAUUUUCUGGCAGCCAUGAAUCCCCGAUUCCCGGAAAUGCUUCAAGUAUCAAUAAGGGAUCACUUGACAAAUUUGGGAUAUUCAAAUCGAUUAAUUGACGAGCUAGUGCAAUCUACUCUGGUGGUUAAUUACGGACAAGAAACAGAUGUCCACAGUUUUGUUGGAUGUGUGUCGGUGACGGGGGCUGGAUCCUCCCUCUGGUCCAUCAAGGGUGGAAACAAGAGGGUGGUGGAGGGACUCCUCAAUAAACAUAAACACAUAAGGAUCAGGCCUCAUAUCGUGGAGAAAAUUAAAUACAAUGAACAAUAUGACUGGGCCGAUAAAAUUUCGUCUGAUUAUCCAUAUACUGUCACCCAUAAAGGAGAAAAUGAUGGACAGGCGGAUGAAUAUGAUAUUGUGAUUGUCACUGCACCUCUGACUUCCGAUCACCGCAUGCUCAUCGAAUUCCAAAAUUUUCCAAAUAAUGAGAAUUUUAUUUUCUCGGGAAAUUAUCAAACGACGUACGCCACUUUCAUUGAAGGUGAAUUAAAUCAUACGUAUUUUGGUGGUGAUUCGUCUAUUCAAGGAAUUCUGAGUUGCAAUCCUGAGAAAACGAUUGUUAGUUCUGUGGGAAAAUUGAGUUCAGUUGAAGGAGAGGAGUCGAGUGUCUGGAAAAUAUUCACGCGGAAUCCCUUGACCCCAGACAUUAUUGGAAGAAUGUUUUCAAAGAUCGAUGAGAAAACCGGUCCGAUUACGUAUGAGUGGAAAGCUUAUCCAAGAUAUUCGGUAAAUGAUAAACCAGGGAGUUUCAAGCUGCAUAAUGCUUUGUAUCAUGGGAAUCCCAUUGAAUGGGCAGCUAGUGCCAUGGAGAUGAGUGCAAUCGGAGGAAGAAACGUCGCUAUCCUUGCAUACAAUGAUUACGUGAAUCGUUGCAAAAAACUGAAGGAUUUUCGAUCGAAAACUCGAAAGCUGAAUUCAAAAAUCGAACUGUAAAUAUCAACAUCUAACUAUUUCUAAUGUUUCCAUCCGAAAUCGAAAAUAUCAAAAAUUCCUAUAAACUGUAAUUAUUAUUGUGGAAAUUUUAUUGCAAUUUUUUU